AUGGACGCCCAGAUGAACAUCCAACAGGUUCGUUUUUUUAUCUUAAAUCAUUUUUUUCGGACAGAAAAUGGCUAUUUCAUAGAAUUUUUCAAAUCUUUUUGUUCGAUUCGAACACGGACUGAAUUGAAUAAGUCUGAAAAAUUGGCCUAGAAAUAAAGGAUCAAAAAUUUGAAAAAUCAGUCUUAUAUCAAACUUCAACGUCUUUGCUGAACUACUCAGAUUUUUUUCGAGGCGUUUUGAGAUGAGAUUUUGUCUCGGAAUGUCUCGUAAAAAUUGCUCUCGUCUUGUAUCGAGAAGGAAAAAGAAACUACCGUAAUAAUUUGAGCUUUUUUUCUUGCUCUGCUAAUUUUUCUACUUCUCCCAGCCAAAAAAUAGGUUCUCAAAGGCUUGAAAACUGCGAAAGAUGAAAAAAUGCAAGGAGUUGAAUUUUUUUUUUGGCUUUUUGCAGAUUUCUGUUAAUUGUUUGGCAAUAAUUCAGGCCAUUCCAAUAAAAAACAUCACCUUCAAAUUGGAAGGAAAAACCGACAACCAAUUUGAAUGUCCCAACCUGAAAAACGACUUUAAAUGAAUAAUCAGACUUUUCGAAACGGUCUCAACUUUUUUGAACACGGGGAUUUUCCGGAAUAAAAAUCGGAGCAAAAUUUGCGUUUGAGAUGAAAACCUUAGCGACUCAAGCUUUGCCCGAUUGCCGAAAAAAAUAAUAACACUUUGAAAAUUCCUAUCUUUAGCAAUAGAGUUUCGUUCCAAAUGUAUUCAGAUGUAGUUUUCAGGGCCAAAAUUUACAAUAAUUCAUAAUUUCAAACUUUCAGAUCCCAAAGUCCGCCGGCUCCCAAACGGACCAGGUGGGAUUUUUUUUUCUCAAGUUAUGCAAAGAAAAAGGAUAGCAUCAGCGUUGCAAAAAUGGAAAGAUGAGAAGAAAUGCCGCGAAUUUUACCGUUUACUUGAAUUUUAUAGUAAAAAUAGUUCUCACUAAGUAGAAGAAGAAGCUGAGCGUUCAGAAAUCGACUCAGGCUUUUUUUACAAUUUCUUUUUUUCGAACUUUUUUUAUGAUUUUAUUUUCAUCAGUUUCCUUCAAUUUCUAUGAGUCUUCCAUAAAAACUAAAUUUAUAGAAUUAGAUAAAUCUUUGAGACCUUAGUUCUCGAAUUUUAUAACACAAAAACUUUCUUUUUCCGGAAAAGUCACUUUGAAGUCAAGUCACUCUUCAAAAUCGCAAAGUUGUCAAGGAAUUUUCUUAUACCGUGUUCAAAGUGAUUCCGCGAAAAUCGAAAUAGCCGUCAGAGAAAGAGAAAGAUAACUAAAUUUUGGCGGGUCAGAGACAAUUUCGCAUUUCGCGGAAAUUACUUUGAACACGGCAUUAAAAAAACAUUUGAAAUUGUUUUCAUUAAUGAAUAGAUUAAGGCAAAAAAGUUUAGUAAGGCAAAAAAGUUCAGUAGAAAAGAAGAAUGAAAACCAGAAAAUUUUUAACGAUAAUCUAUUUAGGAGAGGUGGGUGUUCGAUGAGGUACUGGUCCAGCGUGAAGGCCAAGACGUUGAGCUUUAUUUUGAAGCUCCGGUAAGACUUUUUCAAGCUAAUUUCACAUAAAUACUAGCUUCGACUGCGCGAAAAUUUUGAAGGAAAUUUUCGAAAAUCUUGAAAAAUUUAAAUUUUCAUAUAUAUUUAUCCUUAUUUCAAGAAUAAAACCUUUCAUUUAUGAAUAAUUGUUAAUUCAAAAUUUCAGGAAGACCGCCCAACCCGCGAAUGCGGCAACCAGACCGCGGUGAGCCUUUUUUCUUUUUUUCGAUAAAACUGAAUACCUCAACUUUGCGAGAAUUCAAGCUUCUACUUUGCGAAAUAGCUCGCACUUUUCUUUUAGUAGACACAUGGGGAAGCUCUCACGCAUCAGAAAGAAUAGUCGAAGAAGACAAAAAACGGCGAGAGUUGAACGCCUGAAAUUAAGAAAAGUUCAUGCGUUUCAGCCUAUAACGAAAAUCAUGAAAUUUUCUAAAAGUAUAUUUUUUUACUACCGCAAAAAUGAGGAAAAUUUUCAGCGCCUCCCGGAAAGAGUGGUGGACCGUGCUUUGGCCGCCCACGAACAGCGUAUCCGCUACUACCUGGAUACGCUCAAGGCCAGGUCUCAGCACGGAGGUACAGAAUAGUUUCAGAAGUAUCAGUCUUUCUCACGAUUCUCAGCUAACUUGACUAAUCCAACUUUUCAAGCUCGCAGCAAAAAACGGUUCACGACUUUUUGCUUAAAUUCAAGAUAGGCUGCAAAGUUUUGGAAACUUGGAAAUUUGUAACCAUGAUUAGGAAGACGAAAAAUCCGUCUAAAAUGAGAAGAAAAGUCUUUAUCCUCUCUACGAGUUGAUUAUUAUUAGUAGGUAGAACUUUUUUGAUCAAAUACGGAGAUUUCGAGUAUAAAAAUUUUUUAUAAAUUGGAAAAUUGGAUUGCUUAAAAAAUAUAUAUAAGAUCCCUAUCAGUAUCUGACAGGGCUUACAGCUAGAAGUAUUUCAUCGAAAAGAAAUAAUAAAUGAAUAAAAAGGAUUUGACAACUUUUCGCCAUCUUUCAGCUAAUAUCAAGUCUGUCAACUAUUCAAAAAUUGACUCAACGAUGGUAAAAAAACAACGAGACCAGUAAAAUAUAAAUUGAAGAGAAAAAAAUCUUAGCUCUUUUUUAUAUACUUUUUUUCCAUAAACAAAAUAUAUAAAGCUUUUGGAGCGUCCUAACCUCGAGAAUCGGAUAUAGUUUUUUUUUUUUAAUUUAGGCUCAGACCUUGGUAACGCGAAUGGGACGCGAAUCGGACGUGUCGGGACAUUUCUAGUGACCACUUUAGUAGCCUCAGAACUCUCAAGUGAUCCCUAGAAUCGCCCAGAAACGUCCGGAGCACGUCCGUUUCGCGUUACCGAUGUCCAAGGGAGAUCUUAAAGUGCAAUUUAGCGAAAUGUCAUCAUAAGUUCAACCGGGGACUGAAAAAGUUCCCUAGUGAGAAAUAAAAAAAAAUCAAUAUCACAGAUAAAAAAAUAUUUAAAACCUUUUUUCAGCACCACUGAGAAAGGACGCCGGUACUGCAACCGACGAGGCGUGGGCAAAAGAAAUGGAGAAAAAGGAGGAGCUCAAAAAAGAGCUCAAGGGAAGAGACGAAGAAGUGAGGUACGAAUUUAUCAGGAGUCCAAAUAAGAACUGAAUAAACUAGAAGAUACAACUGUCUUAUACAGAAAAAUAAUCAUUCAAUUCUGAAACACAACCGAUUUUUUGAAAGAUCGAGUUUCGCAUAAAACAAAAUACUACUUUUUCGAAAAUUCGGUUUUUUUUAAUUUUUAUUUUUUAACUGAACCGUAUCAAUCAGAAACUGUAUCACCUUGGAGUAAAAAUAUUGUUUCGCACUGCAAUAAUUCCCAAAAAUUUUGAACAGAGAAAAAAUUAUGAUAGAAAUGAUGUGAUUGAAAAAUUAUUAGCUCGCGAUUUUGAGCAAGUGAAUCAUCAAAGUGAAAAGAAACCAAGCUGAGAAAAAUAUUCAGAGAAAAUGAGAUUGAAGUCAACGAACAGUUGAGACCUCUGAAUGAAUUCAAUAAUGUUAUAGGCAGGAAAAGGAGAAGGCGAUGGAGGCGAACGCCGAAAACGGCCGUCUGACGGCGAACCUGGCCCAGACGACGCUCGCGCUAGGAUCUUCUUUGGCCAGAGGUCAUUUUUCUUCUUCAUGAAUUUAUAAAUAAAAUCAUUUGCAGAAGAAGUCCUGCGCCAGGAAGUUCAACUUCUCCGCGCCAGGCUCGCCCAAGCCGAGGAGGAGAAAGGCAGGCUGGCUGCCCAACUCCAGGUUACUUGAAAACUAAAAUAAUCACCUGUAUAAGUCUGGGAGAGCAGUUAUUGCUUAAAAUACAUCAGAUUUGACUUCAAAACAUUAUCGAAUUCAUCUGAAGCUCUUUUCUAUCUCAAUCAAAGCUGAUGUUUUGAAAUAUCAACGGAGAAGUUUCCGACUUUUUAAAACUCUUAUUUUUAAAUGUUCCUAUAUAAAGUAGGUAAUCGAUUCAUGACUAAAACACAAAAAUAAGAAAAAAUAUGAAUAAAUGCUUUAGAAAACCGAAAAAUGAAAGAGAAAAAAGUCGGAUAGUUCCCUAGAGAUAUAAAAAAAUCGGAAAAGUUUUAGUUCGAAAUAUUGUUGCCUUUUUCAUAGUAACCUCCUUUCAAGUCUGGAAUAAUUGAUCUAUUUCGGUUUUCGCGAAAAAAAACCUUGACGAGAACUUUUGAAAUAUGAACUUCAUUAGUAAAAGGAAAUAUUUAUUUUGGAGCCUUUUUUAAUUGGACGAGUUAUCAGAAACCAAUAAAAAAAUAGAAAAAGAAAUCAAUUUGAAUACAUUUAGGCCGCCGUACAGGCCCUCGACAUUCCCGUCGAAGCGGAGCUGGUGAGAUUUUUCUUUUUUUAAAUAAAAAAAUUUUUCUCGUACUAGUUGCCAUUAAAAUGUGAAAGAUCUAUACCAAAGUUCAGAGUUUAAAUUCCAGAGCAGAUUCAAAAUCAGACUUUUUCACAUUUUCCGUUUUACAAUAAGCCUUUGAAUUCAAAAAUAUAUAUGCAAAAAUUUUGCUAAAUAAGCAACGAAGUGAAUAAUUUAAGGCCGCCGAAAUCCAGCCGCAAGAGGACGAAGCUGAGCCUCUUCUCCGCCCUGAAGUGAGGAUUUUUUUCAUGAAAUUUUUAUUAGCGAAGUUAGCAAAGCUGUCGCGAGCACUAUGGGCACUGCACGUUAUGAAAAAAAAAAUGCCUUCAAGAGUCUUUUGAAAAAGUUCAAAUCUCUGUCUCGACAUGAAAUUAGCUCUUCGAUAACUCUUCUCUGAAAAUUGUAAAGUUCUGUGGGAAUAAAAGACAAUCAAAAUCUUCAAACUAGCUUUAGCUCACGAAUUUCAAAUAGGCUUCCAUUCCAAAAACUUCAAGAAAAAGCUUACUAGGGAACUACGCGAACUCGUAUUCACGGAUCGAGUCCAAACUGGGGUGGUUUAAAGAUCUAGGUAAAGGUACUUGAAAACGGGCGAUAUUAUCUGCUAAACCCAAUGAGAUACCAAGUAAAAGCUUUUUGAAAAUUAUCAAAUUUCGGUUUUUCUCCUUCUUUUGACUGGAAAAAAGUGUUUAGGGUUCAUUAUAGCGAGAUCAUUCAAGGCGAUUGUAUUGAAAUAUAAAUGGAGAUAAAAGCAGUAUCCUAAGAAUUUUCAGGCAAUCUGCACGUUUUCUACAAAUUUUUUUUUUCAACUGCGAAGACUUUUAAGUAACAAUAACAUUUAGAACUAACGAUAACGGAAAAAAAAAAAUCGGCUUCUGGACCAAAUAGAAAAGGACGCAGUUACUUCACGCUCGAUUACAACUAUGAGUGGCGGGCUCUGCCAAUUUAAAAAAGUUUUAAAAUCAUAGUUAAUCAAAUACGAAACUAGUCUAGAAAGAAAGCUUCAGGCUCUGUUUCGAAUUCUCUCUGAGCCGUUUCUAUUCACUGUGAUUUUCUUUUUUAUAUCUUCUAAUUUUUUCAAUAUAAUAUUAGAAUUAGUCAAAACCUUUUCUCCAACCAAAUCAUAAUAAAACGGCUGUUUCUGAAACAUAAAAGCUGUCGAAAUCAAAAAAGAUUCAAAUUUUUCAGAGCUUUCAUUAAAUUAAUUUAAACGAAUUAUGUUAUUUUUACUGUUAUUGAACUGAAAUAGUGAUAACCUUUGAUAGUUUUCUUCUUUCAAAAAUAUGUGAAAAAGUUCGAAAUCUAUUUAGUUUUGUAAAGAUAUUUUCAAAAACUUUUCAAACUGAUACUUCCUCAUGUAAAGCUUUGGCUAUUCGAAUCAGUGUACCUGAGAAUUUUCGAGUGAAGGUGAAAUGGAAGACAUGACGUUGUGGUUUCUGAAAAUGAGAUCGCAAUUAAACAAAUGCGAAAAAUUGGCUCGAACUUCCUAUUUCUUCAAAUAAAAUCAGGGCUACGGAAAGAGUUUAUAGAUUUGAAAGAGAGAUGGAAACUUUUACGGAUCAUUCUUAUUCUUCCGACUUAAAAAUCAACAGAAAAACAACUUUAGAUGGACCAGGCCAGUCCCAGGAAGCGGAGAAGAAGCUCUUCUUCAUGCUCGGACGGCUCCUCUGUGAAGAGGUCCCGAAGUGGAGCCGAGAGCCCGGACGUCUUCCGGACGCCGGAACGUGGCGUCGAGCAUGCCAGAAAUGGCCACGACGCCACUUCCGGCCAAGAAGAAGCAGAAGAACGGGAGCCGCAGUUGGAAGAAGAGGACGAGGUCGUCCCGGAGAGCGACCAAGAAGAGCUCGCCGAGUCCUCUUCUUCCGGCCCAACAUCGCCGGCCCCGUCGACCCCGCCAAGAUCCCCGCUGCCCCCGGCGACGCCACCAAGGACGCCCACGCCGCCAGUUCAGCCAACGAGACGGGUUAGUUUUGGCCAUCAAUACUGAAAUGAGAGGAUCUUGAACCAUUCAGCCAGUGAGAAUCCAGAUGCAAAAAUCAUCUUAAACAGCUUUAUUUCUAGGUUCUGACAGUCUACUUGAUAACGCAGUUUUUUGAAUGACAAGUGUUUGAAAUCAAAAAUUUCAAAAUGAAAAAAAGAAAAAGUUCUUUCAUCGUUUUGUCUUCGCGUGAGAUUUUCGCGUAUGAAUCUGAAAUGAAAAAAAGUUGAAAAUUGCUAAAUUAUAUACUUGAAAAGCCUGCAAAAUUCCGAUUCAUUACUCCAUAGGAACUCAAAAAUAAGUACAAUAUGGUCAAAGUGAACUAAGAUAGAACACGUUCAAAUUUAUUUGUAAAAAUAGGAAAUUACGCUUUUGAUAACAGAAUAAUCACGAGUCUUUUUGGAAGAAAAGUUUGAAAUGAGGGUCCUUCGAUUAGAAAAAAAAGGUUAACUUUUUCAAAAACAAAAGCUUAUUUUGCUAUUUUUCAAACUUAAAGCGGCUGUUCCAAAAGAAAGAUUAGAAGUAUUACAUUGAAUCGUAGGAAUAACAGAAAACCGGAAACUCUGAUAAACUUUCAAUAAAAACUCUAGGAAAAUUAGCACUGCUCUGUUAAAAAUCCAACAUUUAUCAAGUGGUUCUCCUUAAUUUUACAGAGUAUCUCUAUUUUUCUUUAUAUUACCUUUUUUUCUAAAUUAUCAAAGAACGAAGAAAAAUCAAUCAUAAUAAACAAAUUAUGAUUGUUUUUCAAUAUUAGAAAAAGAAAAAAAGUUUGAAAAAAAGAAAAAAAUUAGAAAUAAACACCAAGCUUUUUUUCUCCUUCCAACUCCAGCUGCUUGCGUUUUCAUCUUCUUAAGAACUACAAGUUACAGUCUAGUCAAUGAUUUCGAAAAAGAGUCGAAUCUGAAGAUAAUUACGGAAAACGAAGCGAAAUUCAAAAAACAAAUUUCAAUGGAGAAAAAGCGUUCCGAUUUCGAGCAUAAAGCUUCAAAAAGUCUCAUAUAUAAUGAAAAAAAUUCACGAACUAUUUUUUUCGAGGACUAAUACUUUUAACAUUAGUUACAAAUGGCUAAGCUCAAUGAAUAAAACCUUUUGGAAAAACGAGUAGCAUAAAGCAAAAAUUCAAACGAAUCGAUUAUUCUUUCAAUGGUUUGCAAAAAAAAAAACAAGAAUGAUAACCUCAAAAAAAUUAUUGAUUUCAGUAGUUAUUUUGAAUAUAUGAAAACAAACGAUAUCUUUUCAGCAACGGCGCGCCCAGGCGGUCAUGGGGGUCCUCAAAAGGUCGAGCAGGAUCGGCAACAAGCUCCCUGGCCCCCAGCCCAAGCCGCCGGUGGACGCUCAGCCGAUCGCGUUGGCAGUUCUGGCGCCGCUGACGGCCGCCGAAGUCAGCGCGACGAUCAAGAAGAGACUGGCGGACUACGACAGCGGGGUUUACAUCCAGAACCUCGCUGUCGUGGUCAAGUUGGGAAGGCACCUCACGACGGCACGCAGACUCUCGAGGCACCUCCCGUCAUCUCCCAAGGACUUGCAGGACCUCGAGAGUCUGAAAGAGAGUCUCUCUCGGCUCUUUUGA